UCCAAUAAGCGGAACCUGUCAGUGAUGGGCUCCGGGGUGGCAGGAGUACGGACGGUCCGGUGUUAAACUGGGUGUCAAUUAGCGGAAGACUUUCACCGGUGAGCAGCCAAGCCACAGCGUAAGAGUUGUUCAGAAGACUAAGAUGGAGUGGCGUCAGCAGACCAGUGUGAGCCGUGCAGACGCAUUCAACGAGGCCAAACGCUGGAUUGAGGAAGUGACUGGAAAGUCGUUUGGAUGCAGUGACUUCCGUGCCGCAUUAGAGAACGGAGUCCUGCUUUGCGACCUAAUUAAUCAGUUGAAACCCGGAAUAAUCAAGAGGGUGAACAGGCUGUCUACUCCAAUCGCUGGUCUGGAUAAUGUGAAUGUUUUCCUGAAAGCCUGCGAGAAACUGGGACUAAAUGAAUCCCAGCUGUUUCAUCCAGGUGACCUGCAGGACAUCUCCACUCGUGUGACACUCAGGCGUGACGAAGGCAACAGACGACUCAAAAAUGUUCUGAUAACAAUUUACUGGUUGGGUCGCAAGGCUCACCUGGACACAUUGUACAAUGGCCCUCAGCUUAAUUUGAAGGCUUUUGAGGGCCUGUUGGGGCUGGCCUUGUCCAAGGCUCUAGAUGAGGGUGGUGUACCUGUGAAAGACAGCAGCGAUAGUUUGUGCCAAAAUCCAGAAGAGGAAUGUCAGUACAAAAAUUACAGGCGAGGCAACUCUGCAGACAGCACCGACUCCUUUAACUCCCAGGCCCUGCACCCGAAUGUUGAAGGUACAUUUUGUGCCACUGAAGAGCUUUUCCUGCAAGCUCUGUGUGAGGAAGACUCGGAGGAUGAUUAUACUGAGGCAGACCCAGUGCUAGACGACUUGCAUUUUAGACGAAUGCAGCAGACACUUCAUCAGACAUCUGCCAAUCUGCAUUAUGACCGCUUCUUACCCCAAUAUUGGACACCUGAAGAGGAGGUUCGUGUACGCAGGAUCUACCUUGGCUCUCAAAGACGUCCCUGGUACCAUAAAAUGCAGCGCCUGAGAGCCAGUCAAACCCAGGUCAAGCCUGAGAGACCAGUUCAGGUCAAUCCUGGCUGGAUUUGGAGCAAAUCUCUCAGUGACAUCCCCAUGGUGUACCCUGUGCGAAAGGCUCCUGAUGCAAACACUAGUCAUGAUGAAAGUCAGGACACCGGAUUGACAAGACUGUGGAAUCAAGACAACAGAAGGAAGUGUAGCGUUGCUGCCAAGGAUGCCGAAGCUCAGUGGCAGGAUGACUUGAAAAAGUGGAAAACCCGUCGUAGGAGCACAAAGUCUGAACUUCGAACUAAAUCACAAGACAGAGAGCAUGUAAUGGAUAAGAUGAUCAACGGGUCUGUGACAACUAUUGAGAAGAAUGAAGCAAAACUAAAAUACCAGCAGUCACCUUGGACCAGGAACACAGCGCCUCGUCCUUACUCAACAACUUCUCCAUCAAAAUCAAGCUCUGAUCUCCGGCCACAUACUCGAGCUCUGCUGGCCCGCAGCUAUGCCACCGAGGCACCUUUCAGCCCCACGGUUCCUCUUAGCUCCCAGAGCUCAACCCAUGCUCAAGGUGGAGCAGUGGUUGUCCCUGAUGGAAAAGUCUUGGGAGAGGAGAUCCACUUUGCCUCCACGGCUUUAGAUGAAGCAAGAGUUGGCAUGCCUUCUCUAGGCUUUCCUGUGAUCUCUCAAACCCAAGUGAAAUCCCAGAGCAGCACAGCUCCUUUCCAGUCCACCUGUGAACUUUCCCAGCCACAAAAUGGCCUUACAAACCAAAUCUCCACUCAUUUUACAGCUUUACAGCUGAACGAGACCACAAAUUCUAAAAGCAACAAAAGUCCCACUUUAUCCAUGUCUAGUGAACGAAAAGCAUUUUUUUAUGUUCAUCCGGAGCUUAAAACUGCUGGUGAGGAUUUAUCGCAUCAGAACGACAACUCUCAGGAAGACGGACAGAAGUCCUCUUGGCAAGCAGCAGCAGAGCAAAGCACGGCCCCGCAGACUCCAGGCGUCUACAAGUUCUUGCCCAGAACUGUUUCCUGGUCUGGCUCAGCCAGCCUUCCCCGUGGUUACCGUCGGUCUGAGGGCUCAUCCCGUCUCUCUUCUGCUAUCACAGCCAGACCCUUUGGGACCAAGCAGUCCAGAGUGUCAUCACUGCCCAGGAUGUACAAUGUAGAUGACAAUCAGGGUGUGCUGCUGAACAGUGAGAGAGAGGAUUCUCCAUCUUCACCAUCUCUGAAAAGAGAGACUGCGACCGCCCAGCUGAGCGGUCCGUAUCAGACCAACCAGGGGAAGCAGACUGGUGCAGGACAGGAAGAGCAAGUGACUAGCUCCAAUCUUUCCAGCCAGACCUCCUUUCAGAGCAGUGGCUAUUACUAUCGACCCUCCAUUCAAAGCCAGAUACUGCCUCAACCUUAUUCAAAUCUGCAGUCUCGUCAAAAUAGAGGCUUGACCUUCUCAGCUGAUGGAAGCACAGAUCUUCCAAAGGUGGAUCACAGUGACAUGAGAGUGAGCCUUACUCUUAAACCCAACAGUCUAGCUGACUUUGGUUUCCAUACUCACUGGGACUCGACGGGGGCGAGAGUUAAGCUCAUUCAGCCCGGCAGUCCAGCCGAGCUCUGCCAGCUGCGUGUCGACGACGAGAUCGUGACCGUCGAUGGAGCUGCGGUGGCACACAUGAACUACGACCAGUGGAGGGAUAAAAUGUCAUCUGCCCUGCAAACCGGCAGUUUGACCAUGGACAUUCGGCGCUAUGGCAACAAGGAUUGGAGCACCGGCGAGGGGACUCAUCACAGCCAGCCAGGCCAGAGCAGGGUGACCCUCAAUCUGACUGCUGCUUCUUCGCCUGUCCUGAUAGGGUGCCCUGAUCACCAUGCCAACAGUGCUGCCUUUCCAGACACACAAGUCACACAAGGGUUCAAAAGCAAUGGGCACACAGACAACGUGAUGCAGGGUAAAGUCAUGGGUGGAGAACUUUGUGAGACACAUGGGACAACCAGAAAUAAAGAUUGUAGUACUAUUAUUAGAAAAAAUCAGAAAAGGAGGGCAGAAUUUUUCAGGCAGCAAGGCUGUGCAGGAUUCAGCUCGUGGGUGUACUUAUGUGGAGGGUCAGAAUCUGCGAUAUCUGAUCUCCAGGUGCCAUCGCUCAGCCCCCCCUCAUCCAGCUGGUCUUGGGACCUUGAGGAGGAUCGCAGGAGACAGGAGAAGUGGCAGGAAGAACAGGAGCGCCUCCUACAGGAGAAAUAUCAGCGGGACCAGGAGAGGCUGGAGGCAGAGUGGCGAAGAGACCAACGGGAUGUAAUAGACCCCAAGAAGUCGGGGAGCCAGAAAACCUUUGAGGUGACCUCUGGUGAUGUGGGCCUCGCCAGGACCCAGCAGCAAGAGAAUGCAAUGCCGAAGAAAACCAGAGAAGAAGAGCAGAGCACUGAUGGAGAAAAGCUGAAAGAGUUGUUGGGGCCAAAACGGCAAAGUAAUGCACACGAAGUGCAGAAUGAGAUGGUUGCCCAACAAGACUGGGCUGAUGGCUCAUGUGGCUUUGCUCAGCUGUCCCCUGCACACAGGACAAAGUCCUUGUCUUCCCCAGUAUUAGCUGGGCCUCACAAGUAUUCUAGAGGGGAUCAGAGUAAAAGAAAAGGACUGUCUGUGGCCAAGGCUGAGAAAGAAAGGCAGCAGAUUUUAGAGGAGAUGAAGAAAAGGACUCAGCUUCUGACUGACAACAGCUGGAUACGUCAGCGCAGCAGCAGCUUUUACAAGGAUCCCAUGAUUGUUGGGCUUCCUCUGAAAAGAUAUGACUCUCUGGAUAAUCUUGAUAAUUUGCGUCAGCCCCAAUCCUCAAUCUAUAGUUACCCUCGACCACACUCGGCUGCUGCAGGUUACGUUACACCGAGUAGGAAUGCCUCUUCGCGAUACAGCACUGGAUCAGUAUUAUCCCUGAGAAAUCCUUACAUACAGUCCUGUCAUCAGGCCAGGAUGGUCAAUGGCAGGAGGAAUUGCUCUGUCUGUGGGCGUAUCCUUGGUAGUAGACCAGCUAUGGUCAUAGAGGCCCUUAGUCUCUACUUCCACCUUGGCUGUUUUCAGUGCGUGGGCUGCCGUCAACAUCUCGGAGGAAGAGAGAAUGGAGCCCAGGUUCAAAUCCGAAACAGGAAGCCCUUCUGUGAACGCUGCUAUUUCCAACUCAGGUUCACCCCCAUGUGAGCAGCUUGCUGUACUCCAGAUUGAAGAGUAAAUACAGUGGCAUGGGGGUCUCUGAGCAAAGCUAUGCUGUACAGAGGGAAUCGCAGCCAAUUCACAGCUUCUACUUCCUGAGCAUCGGUAAAACUUUAUAUAGAGUUUUGGCAAAGUAGAACCUAUACUUCUAUUU